AUGGCUACUCCGUUCAACCCGUUUGCUGGUGUUUCCCGUGGCCAGAGAGGCGGACCACCGACAGGUGCGAAUGGCCGUGGCCGCGGCGCACCAUCCUAUGGUGGCUCUCAACUUCAACCCCGAGGAGGAUCCAGCACAUUCAGGGGACCCAGACAACGUGGGCGGGCUCGAGGCACGGGCACUUUCCCAAACCGCGGUCGUGGCGCUGGCGCUGCGGGUGCGGGUGCGGGCUCAGUCACGGCUCAGCAAGGAGCUGGUUCUCAAAACGGCAAUUCACCAUUCACCCAGAUCAACCAACAACAGAAACCCUUCCCGUCUCCUUUUGGUGGCCCGGCCCAGCCUCAAAAGAACUCGCCCUUUUCUGGAAUCACGAAUGGAACACGUGUCCCGGACUCGAAUCGUCCGCGAAGGGGGUUUCGAGGUGGUGCUAGAGGAGGCGCACCGAGACAUAAUCAGUGGGUAAAGCCGACGAGGAAGAUAAAUGGCGCUCCUGGACAACCAGUUCCCGUCGAGGAUAGCUCUAUUCUGGCGCAAUACCAUCAACGAUAUGACCAGCUCAAACUUGAUCGCGCGAAAGAAAGGCAACAAGCCAUCAAGGAUGGCCACAUGGCCGAUCCUGACCAGCCUACGUCUCUUAACCAAGCUAUCACGCCAGUCGGAACAUGCGAGGGCAUGUGCCCCGAAUUUGAGAGCAUUGAACGUAUUGUACAAAAAAUGGUGGACAAGUGCGAAAAGUAUCUUCACCCGUCGACCAACGCCCUCCAGAAUAUGGAAUGGAAAAUGCUCAAGCGUUUCCGAAGAUCUGCAGCUGGUUACGAUGAACAGCUUCCUUCCGACAUUCGAACUCCCAAGGCUCUUCUUCAGACUACUAACUAUCUGAUUCGACAUGUCCUUGGUGGAUCCGAACCGCUAGCACUGAUUCACAAAUUUGUCUGGGAUCGAACUCGGUCUGUUCGUAACGACUUUUCGGUCCAACAGGUUACCCAGGAAAGCGACGUGAGAAUAGCAGUGACCUGCCUGGAGCGAAUUGCCCGAUUUCACAUUGUCUCGCUUCAUUUGCUGUCCAACCCGGCGAGUGAAGAACCGUUUGACCGGCACCAAGAACGCGAGCAACUCAACAACACCAUGCUUUCACUUAUAUAUUACUAUGAUGAUAAUCGUGGUCGCAUCGUCUUCCCCAAUGAGGAUGAAUUCCGCGCAUACUAUAUCAUCUUCUCCAUCCAUGAUCAACGACCCGAUCUGGAGGCUCCCAUGGAGCUUUACACAGCCUCGUGCAAUACAUGGCAACCUCAAGGCACCCUUGAUUCACGUCGACCGAAUGCAAUCGCCCAGGGGUUUUACACGCGAUUCUUCAAUAUUAUCAACUCGGGCAGUGUCUCAUACCUCAUGGCAUGUGUGGCUGAGAUUUACUUCAACUACGUUCGACAGACAGCUAUUCGGACCAUCUGGAAAGGGUAUUGUCGCACGCCAAUAUCCCAACAACACCGGAACGAGGAAUGGACAAUCGAUGAAUUAACCCAGGUCUUGCAUUUCGACGAUGAGGAGCAGACAAUAAAGUUUCUCGAGGAACAAGGCCUUGAGCUUGCUUUCAAUGAGCAAGGUCAGCAAUAUUUGAACUGGGGAUCUCGUCACAUCGAAUCUGUCGAAUUUUCUCCGUCGACAGAGCACGCCUAUUCAGAAACAUUUGUUGAAAAUAAGCGUUCUGGAAGAAGCCUGGUAGCCAUCGUUCUGGGUAUGAGCAUUCGAGAGGCAGCACGGAUGGGAAUGGUUGAUCAAUCUUCCCUUCAUGAGCGUAAAGCUCCAUCGCCAAAGGAUAUCUCGCUUGACCAGGAUGACUCUCUUUUCGUCUCAAGCAUCGGUAAUGGGGUUCCCGAACCGGUGGUUGAGAUCAGUGACUCUCCACUGGGAUCGGAAUCGCCUGCACCUAACAGUCCUCGUCUUUUCCAAAACCCCACACCACCGACGUCUGUGAACCCAUCCGUGAGCACGCAACCAAGCGCUCUUCCUGCUACGUCGCAGCCUGUAAAUCCGUUCCAGGCGCCCCAGCCUCCCAAUCCAUUCGGUUCGACGUUCUCUGGUGCUGCUUCAAACGAAACAACUCCGGCGACAACCUCCACUGCCACUCCGGCUGUGCCCCUCAAUCCCUUUGCAGCUUCGCAAACAUCGCAAGCUCAGAGCCUGUUCCGAAACCCAUCUUCGCCUUUCGCAUUCCCUAAACCGACAAAGCCAGCCGAAGUGACCAAGAAGGAAGAUACCCCGGCAGUCUCGGCAGCAGAAACUCCAAAUCCUUUUGGCACGUUCAAGCCAUCACAGACUCUCGGCUCGCCUCAAAGCUCCUCCCUCCCUCCCUCGCAGACAUCCUUGUCGAAGUUAACAAAUGGCGGGUCAUCCAAUGAUACUACGGAAAAGUCUUCGGAGGCCCCGAAUCCUUUUGCCUCUUCUUUGGGCCACAAAUCUUCCGAAGCACCCAAGGAAGCCGAUUCAUCUACUAACAAUACAUCAGCCGCUCAGCCGACGCCUUCUUUCUUUGCUCCCACCGAAUCACCUUUCUCUCCUGUUGGGACCCAGGAACCUGCUUCGCAGAGCACAACAUCAACAGGACUCUUCGCUCCAACUACGAAUCCCUUCAAUUUUCCUGUUGCCCAAACUACUUCUCAAUCAUCUCAGUUAUCUGCAUCUAUCGGCCCAGGGAUCGGCUCUACCCAGGAAGCCUCAAGUAUCUUUGAAUCCGUCAAGACCCCAAGUUUCAGUGGCUUCCCAAAGCCGUCGUUGUUCGCCUCACCCAAUGGCACCAAUAAGGAAACGAAAAACACUCAAGCAACGGCAACACCCACCUUCGAUUUCUCCAAGUCUGUUCCAGCGAAACCUCAACCGAUGCCGAGUCUGUUUCAGCCUGCAUCAGCCGGACCAUCACCAUUUACACAUCCCGAGUUGUCAACUUCCAAGCCUCUCUUCCCUCCUGCGAAUCCCUCUAUCCAGUCCACGUCAGAAACAAAGGCUCAAGACUCUGACGAAGGGGACCAUGAAAUCCGAGAUCAGCCCGAGCUCAAGAAACCACACGAAGUUGUAGAGAUUGAUGGCAAGGAAAAGAAAGAGCCCACGGCACACGUUACAACGUCCGAGCCUGCCAAGGCUUUAACUCAACAAGUUGAUCCUCCGGAGGAACCUCUUCAACUACCGGCUUUCUCUGUAUCCCCGAAUCUAGAUCCUCCCGCGGAGGAGACAGAGGCAGAACGCCAGGCCAGCUGGAAGGAGUUCAUUCGACAAACAUCCGAGAAACAGAAGAAGGAAGCUGAGGAACAAGCAAGGAGCCGGAAAAGAGCAUUGGAUGAGUCCGCCGAGGCCGAGAUGUCCCGAGAAAGAUCUAGUUCGAAAGUUCUCAAGACAUCGGGCUCGAGUGAAUCUUCACCUCCCGCCAAGAAGUACUCCCUUGCGGAAGCAUACGCCAAAGCGCUACCGAAACUGCCAUGUCUGGAUCGCGUCAAAGCUCUCAUCGAGCGUAAGACACCAGCCGAAGAUGAAAUCCAGGUCUCGAAGCCACACAACCGCCAAGUUGAUGAAGACGAGCUGUUGCUGAAUGCAGCUCGGAUUGCAGCAGAACAACUACGCACCGGGCCAAAGAUUUUUGAUCCCUCGUCUGAGUAUGAUGCGCGGCGGUCCUCGUACAGCCCCUCUGCUAGUUACUUCAAUUCUCCUUACUCGUUGAGCCAGUCCCCUCGACCUCAUGGGUACAAGGUGGUGCAUGCGCCGAAUGUGCCAGAAGGUCUAGGCAGAAGCAUGUCUGCAUCAGAGCGACGAAUUCGGGCGACCGGAGCCCACGGCCUGGCCUACAAAGAGCUGGAUUUCUCGCAGGUGGAUAAACGCAAAGAGAAGCGCAAAUACUUGAACAGUGAAUAG